CUUUAUGGCCAAUACACAGACCAGAUAACCAACUUUGCAGAGAAGGAAGCAACAAAACUACUGAAUAAGAAGCAGGCCCAAAAGAACAAUGAAAGACCCCUGAAACGUGAGAGUCAAGCAGAGAUAAAAGAAGAGCACUAUUCCAAGUGUCAAGACUGUGCUAGACGCAUCCAGAAAUACUUUACCAAGAAGCUUGGAGAGGACUGGAUUUUCUUGGUUCUGUUGGGUCUGGUCAUGGCGUUGGUGAGCUGGGGAAUGGAUUAUGCCAGUGCGAAGAGCCUACAGGCCUACAAGUGGAUGUACAGAGAGCUGCACCCGAAUGUUCCUAUGCAGUAUUUGGCAUGGGUCACGUACCCACUUGUUCUUAUUCUGUUUGCGGCCAUUUUCUGCCAUCUCGUCUCUCCACAGGCUGUUGGGUCUGGGAUCCCAGAGCUCAAGACCAUUAUGAGGGGAGUGGUCCUCAAGGAAUAUCUCACUCUCAAAGCUUUUGUGGCCAAAGUUGUGGGUCUCACAGCUGGGCUUGGAAGUGGCAUGCCUGUGGGGAAAGAGGGUCCUUUUGUGCAUAUUGCCAGUAUCUGUGCUGCAGUACUCAGCAAGUUCAUGUCAAUCUUCUGUGGUGUGUAUGAGCAGCCAUAUUAUUACACGGAUGUCCUGACUGUGGGUUGCGCUGUGGGGGUCGGCUGCUGCUUUGGGACACCACUUGGAGGGGUCCUUUUCAGCAUUGAGGUCACUUCCACAUACUUUGCUGUGCGCAAUUAUUGGAGAGGAUUCUUUGCAGCUACCUUUAGUGCCUUCAUUUUCCGAGUCCUUGCUGUUUGGAACAAGGAUGCAGUUACCAUCACAGCCCUGUUCAGAACAAACUUUCGGAUGGAUUUCCCCUUUGAUCUGCAAGAGCUGCCAGCAUUUGCUGUAAUAGGGAUAUGUUCUGGAUUCCUUGGAGCAUUUUUUGUUUAUCUCAAUCGCCAAGUGGUCCUGUGCAUCCGACGUCAUACAGCUCUGAGCCGGUUUCUCACCAAAUAUCGCCUCAUAUACCCUGGGGUUAUAACCUUCCUUAUAGCAACUGUGACCUUUCCUCCAGGAUUUGGGCAGUUCAUGGCAGGAGAGUUGAUGCCACGGGAAGCCAUCAGCUCUCUCUUUGAUAACUAUACCUGGGCAAAAUACACAGGAGACCCUCAGAUCCUAGGGAAAUCUGCUGUCUGGAUCCAUCCCAAAGUCAGCAUUUACAUCAUCAUCCUGCUUUUCUUUCUCAUGAAGUUCUGGAUGUCUGUCAUUGCUACCACGAUGCCAAUCCCUUGUGGAGGCUUCAUGCCUGUUUUUGUUCUGGGUGCUGCAUUUGGGCGUCUUAUUGGGGAAAUCAUGGCAUCACUUUUUCCCAAUGGGAUCCUCUUUGAUGGCAUUGUCUAUCAAAUCUUACCUGGAGGGUAUGCUGUCAUUGUCAUCUUCUCUCCCUAUUCCUUUUUCACCCUAUCUGGGAAAGGUGCGGCAGCUCUGACAGGAGCAGUGAGCCACACUGUCUCCACUGCUGUGAUCUGCUUUGAGCUGACAGGUCAGAUCUCUCACAUCCUCCCCAUGAUGGUGGCUGUCAUUCUUGCCAAUAUGGUGGCCCAGAGUCUGCAGCCCAGCCUCUAUGAUAGCAUCAUCCAGGUGAAGAAGUUGCCCUAUCUGCCAGACCUGGGCUGGAACCAUAUAAGCAAAUACAAUAUAUUUGUUGAGGAUAUUAUGGUCCAAGAUGUGAAAUAUGUCUCCUCCAACUGUAAAUACCGCGACUUGCAAACUCUACUCCAAAGCACCACUGUUAAGACUUUGCCUUUGGUGGACUCACCAGAGACCAUGAUCCUUCUGGGGUCUGUGGAGCGAUCUGAACUGCAGGCUCUUCUCCAGAGACAUUUAAGCCCAGAACGGCGACGGCUCCUCAACAGAGAAAUGCAUCAAAAGCUGUCUGAGGCACCCUAUGAUGGGCACAGCAAGAGACCAUGGACAACCCUGUCAAAGCUGAAGCAUGAAUCUUUUUCUUACGUCGAUGAGGAUGAGGAUACAGAUGAGAAGGGAGAGCUGCCUCGGCCCCCAAGUCCCACUCCCAGUUACCAAGAGGAGCCCAAUGGCCCAACAAGUCCUCUUAAACAAAUCCCUGAAACUUUGGAGCCACAGCAACUCCCAGAUGCUGAUUUCCCAGAGACUGAGAGAAGGAGCUUUGUCUGCUGUUCCUGUAGUAAAGGGAAUUUCAGGAGUUUGAGGCAACUGAUCCAGCAGUUCUUGUGCCAUUACAACCGUCCACUUGAAACACAGAGUGCCAUCCAGGAGCCACUGGAAGUCAUUGACACAAUGAGGCCAGAAGAGAUAGAUGCUUGGGAACAGGAGCAGCUGAACAAGAAUGUAUGCUUUGACAGCUGCCGCAUAGACCCUUCCCCUUUCCAACUGGUGGAGAGAACUUCCCUGCAUAAGACGCAUACAUUGUUCUCAUUGCUGGGCCUCAGCCAUGCCUAUGUGACCAGUAUGGGGAAGCUGAGGGGAGUGUUGGCUUUGGAAGAGCUCCAGAAGGCAAUAGAGGGCUCCACGCGCUCUGGGGUUCGCCUCCGCCCACCCCUUGCCAGUUUCCGUGAUACCAACCGGACUUCAAUCAGCAGUGAGAAGGUCAGUCAGGCCACUCAGGUGUGGAGCCGACAGGACAACUGCAUGGUGGAAGCACAGCAAGCAGCGCGCUUGGGCUCAGAGAGCCCACUGCCUCCCUGCUCACGCUCCCCCCAGCCCUCACACUUGCAUGAAGAGGAGGAAGUCCUAUGCUCCACUUAUGCCACUGAUACUGAGUUGGAAGAGAUGGAACUGACAUGUCCAGUUGCUGAAAACAUCUCAGACAUCCUCAAGGACAUAAGCCUACACUCCUCUGACCUGGACGAGGAUGACGAUGAGGAUGUCCCCUUAUAG